UUGUUUGGUGUCGUGGACAAGGUUGACAUUCUCAACACAACCCUUGGAAAGGCACUUGGUGGUGCCAGCGGUGGCCUGUCGUCGGGUUCCAAAGAAAUUGUGGAGGUUCAGCGGCAGAAGGGUCGUCCGUACCUGUUCUCCAACACAAUUGCGCCUGCCGCCGUUGGUGGGUCGCUGAAGGUGAUGGAACUUCUUCAGAACUCAUCCUCUGCCCAGAAGAAGCUACAAGAGAACACGCGGCUGUUCCGCACAGAGAUGAAGAAGGCGGGUUUGACUCUCAGCGGCCACGAGGAGUGCCCUAUCGUUCCUGUGAUGCUCUAUGACGCCCGCAUUGCCGGUGAGUUUGCGUCCCGGAUGAUGUCUCAAGGAAUUUACGUCAUUGCCUUCAGCUACCCAGUCGUGCCAAAUGGACAGGCGCGCAUCCGCGUGCAGCUCUCCGCGGCGCACAGCACCGAAGAUGUGAUGCGUGCUGUUGAGGCAUUCAAGACAAUCAAGAAGGAACUCAACGUGUGA